UCGCCUCCUCCCUCUCAGGCCCCGCCCCAUCCACGCGCACCUCGGCCAAUCACGGGCCGCGCUCCCUCGGUGACCUUUUCCGGCCCUGCCAGGCUCCCGCCCCCUCCCGCCAGCCUCAUUGUCGCGGGUGGCGCCCGAGGUGAGAGCAUCUUCUUCAGUCACUUCAGCCGCCGGAGCCGGAGCCGGAGCCAGAUCCGCCGCUUGGGGUCCCCCGGCCCGAGGCACCCGCCCCUUGCAAUGGACUACGAUGAAGGAAUAGAUCGGGAUUAUGGCCAUGGAUUUUACGGAGGGAUGGAUCGUGACUAUGGCCAUGGCUCUUUUGGAGGUCCAAGAUCCAUGGACUCCUACCUAAAUCAGUCCUAUGACAUGGACAAUCGUGGUGGUGGUGGUGGUGGUGGUAGCAGGUUUGGACCUUAUGAGUCUUACGACUCCGGGUCUUCUCUGGGUGGGCGAGAUCUGUACAGAUCUGGCUAUGAUUUUAAUGAACCCGAACAAAGCCGCUUCGGAGGUAGUUAUGGUGGUCGAUUUGAGAGCUCCUACCGGAAUAGCCUUGACUCUUUCGGAGGUAGAAACCAGGGCGGGUCUAGCUGGGAAGCACCUUACUCCCGUUCAAAAUUGAGGCCUGGGUUUAUGGAGGACAGAGGAAGAGAAAGUUACUCUUCCUGCAGCAGUUCUUCUUCACCCCAUAUGAAGCCUGCACCUGUAGGCUCUUGGGGGAGAGGAACGCCUGCUUAUCCUGAAAAUACGUUUGGAAGCAGAAACUAUGAUGCUUUUGGAGGACCAUCAACAGGCAGAGGCCGAGGCCGAGGAUAUAUGGGCGAUUUUGGAGGCAAGCGUAAACCUGGAAUUGUUGUAGACUAUCAUAACAAACCCAGUAAUGUAGCAGUUGCUGCAAGAGGAAUCAAGAGAAAAUUAUUGCAGCCAUCUACUAAGCCUGGUGGGACAUUUAUCAAGAAACUCAAACUGACAAAACUGAUUGAGAAGAUAAACCAGAAAAAAUCACCUACUAAAAUGAUCCCUAAAAGUGAAGAAGAAAAGCGACGAGUUGAAAUACGAAGAGAGAAACAAAGGCGGAGAAGAGAGAAGAUCAGUGAAAAGUAUGGCGAUGUAUACAGGAUGACAUUCACAUGUUCAUUUUGCAAAUUUCGAACAUUUGAAGAAAAAGAAAUUGAACUUCAUCUGGAAAGUUCUUUUCAUAAGGAAACCUUAGAUUAUAUUCAGAAACAAACCAAAUUUGAUAAAGUAGUUAUGGAAUUUUUGCACGAAUGUAUGGUGAAUAAAUUCAAGAAGACAUCAAUGCGGAAACAGCAGACAAUUAAUGAUUCAGAUGCUGUUAAAGCAAUUGAGAAAGAUGUAAUGGAAGGGGUUACUGCAGAUGACCACAUGAUGAAAGUAGAGACUGUACACUGCAAUGCUUGCAGUGUGUAUGUACCUGCCUUACACAGUUCGGUUCAACAGCACUUAAAAUCUCCUGACCAUGCCAAGGGGAAACAAGCCUAUAGGGAACAAAUAAAAAGGGAGAGCAUCUUAACAGCUACCAGUAUCUUGAAUAAUCCAAUUGUAAAAGCGCGGUAUGAACUUUUUGUUAAGGAUAAGAAUUCUUUUGAGAUUCCAGAUCAAUGUCAGGAGCAACAGGGAGAAGAAUUUGAGGAGGAAGAAGAAAAGAUUGAUGAACCUGUGGAGGAAGAAGUAGUAGAAGAGGUGGGAGUGGAAGAAGAAGAAGAGGAAGGAACAGAACAACAAGUUGAUUUCAAUAUUGAACAGACUGAAGAAAAUUAACUACGUGAAGAAUUAGAUGUAGCAUUUUUUUUCACCCAGAAUUGGCUUGUAUAAAAUGAGUUAACAUUCUGUACAUUCAUUCCAUGAUCUUUAAAUAUAAAUAUAUAAAUUCAAAAUGUUUGUUUUGAAGAAAGGAAGGUGAGACUAUUUUAGUGAGGCUUUUGUAGCAAUAAAAUUUAGUUCUGAUAAUUUGUAUAAUUUUUUUUUUUAACUUUAUGGAGACUUAGAUGUGUAGUAUUAAUAUGUCUAGUAUAAUCAUUUUAUUAGAAAUGCUGCUCAUGGAAGUAAAUAUUCAGAAUGUAUAAAAAACUUUUUGAAUAAUUACCAUUUGGAGAGAUGAAAGGGCCAGAACUUUUAAAAUUAAGUGUGGCUAUUUUAAGACUGCAUUGCUCAAUGUAUGCUAGUUUGUAUUAGGGUAUAUACUUCCUAGCCUUUUUGUGACUAUGUACAAAUAUAUAGCAGCAUAUGUUUUCUAGAAACUUUUCCCAAAAUAACAAUUUUAGAUCUAAUGAAAUUUAUCAAUGGAGUAUUUUUAAAAUCAGAAUUGUGUAGCUUCAGUGUUCAGACAUUGGGGAAAAAAAGGUGGAGAGAAUUUUACUUGUGUCAGUAAUCAAAUUUUUGACAAUAUGGAUUUUUCCAAAUUUCACUUUAACCAGCAUAUAAAACUGGUUUUGAAUAUCUUUCUGAUCUGUUUAAAGGUUUUUAAAUUUUUUUGUGUGUGUCAAGCCUUGAUUUUCUUUUGAUUGUAUGUUUAAAUACAGAAUUGUAUCGUAGCUAUUGUGUAUUUGUCAUGUCUCUUAAUGACUUACACAAUUAAGAAUCAAACUGUCAUGUUUUUGUGAUUAUCAUUUCUUUGGAAUAAAUAAUCACUAAGUUUUAUAAAGAUGUUCUUAUCACUUUCUUAAAAAUAACUGUGGUUAAUUUAUUAGUGGAAUUUCUUAAAUUCUUUCUUUUAAGCAUUUUUUUCCUUCCCUUUCCUUUCCUACUUAUUUUAAUGGUAAGUAAAUUAGAAUAUAACUUUAUAAUUGUUCAUUAUUGUUUAUAUUGAAAAAUUAUCAUUGGUUUGUUUCUAAAUGCAUGUUUUCUCCAUUAAAAUUAAUAUUUUUAUUUUGGAGAUAAGAGUUCUCAUUUCCUCCCCCCUCCUCCAGAUAUGAAAUAUUUUGGAUUUGGGGGCACUUAAGGAGACAGUAAUGAAAGAUAUGUGUCAUAAAGGAUUGAAUUGAGGUCUGGAAGAUUUGAAUUAAAAUCCGAGCUGUGAUGCUCGUCCCAUCUGUAACCAGGGACAAGUUAUUUAGUCUCUAUAACCUUUAGAUAUUUCUAAGACUCAGAUGGAGAUAUGUGCAACAUAGGUAGAAGAAUUUUCCACAUGAAAGAAAUAACAGGUUUUUGAAGUAUUUUAACUCCUUUAGCACAUUCAGUUCCAUCAGUUCAACUAGGAGGUGAAAGUUUCUUCAGAGCUAAAGAUCCAUGAGUUACCCUUUCUGUGUGUGUCUGUUAGAUGCAUCACCAUGCUUUGUUAUCCUUUUAAGUAUCAACUAAGCUCUGCUAGACAGCUGCAAUGUAGGUUCUCAUUAGAAAUAUCUUUAGGCUUUUUGUUAAAAUUUAUCUUAAAUGUUUAUCUUUGUUUUCAUUAAAGCUUUUUUGCAGCCUUUUCAAGUUGAUGGAAUAAAAAAACUUUUAUGGGAUAGAAUAAGAAUAUACGUAGUGAAGAACAUAUUGACUGUCCAGUACUAAAUCAGCAAUUCUCUUUUGUUUGUUUGCCCAGUAUUAGUUAAAUAAGUGUCCAUAUGUAGAUGAUUUUUAGGAUGCAGAGCUACCUAGAAUUGUGAAAAGCUGGGAGUGCUUAGUAAAUGUUUAAGGAUAAAUGUUUAAAGUAAAAAGCAUAACCCUUGUAAUACUUCAUCUGGAAGGCUACUUUUGGAAAAAUAGAAAAUGUUAGUAUUCUUAUAAAGAAAAUGGAUGAUCAUUUGCAAAUAUGAAAUGUGUGUUUUCCAGGACUUUUCAGUUUUUCUUUAAAUUCAGCUGGGCUUUAUUUGAUAGAUUACCGAUGGACUAACCAGUUAUUGUUAGGUCUCUUUUAUUGGCCUUGAUGUUUUUGUAUUAGUUCUAUUUGUGGGUUAAGAUUUUUCUGCCUUUUUGGCGUAUUAGGCUUCAGGUUACCAGAAAUAUGCACAACUGGCUCUAUAAUCCCAGUAGUGAAGAGAGUCCCUGCUCUGGGGCAGAUUAUAAACCCAUCCACAUUUUUUCAUCCUGAGUAGUUUUUGAACAUUUCUUUCCAUAGAUUUAUCCAGUACCUUCUUUUUCUUUCAUUAUGUCACAGACAAUAGUUAGGGCUCUCAGUUUGAUAUCCCUUUUUCAUAUUAUUUUCAGUCACAUAUGUCCUUGAUGAGAUCUUUUAUGUCACUUUUGGUACAUAAGUAACUGUUGAUAAUAUUCUGUAAGUUUGCUUUAGCCUGUCCUACAUCUUUCUGUUCCUCAUUUGUCCACUCACAAUUUUUCUUCUGAGAUGGGGCUGUUCUUAGAUUUGCAGUAGAUUUGAAUGUAUCUGGGACCUGUCUGUAAUGUAAUUGUUUUGGAUACUUCUUUUAUUCAUACAUAUAUACAUAACCCCUCUAUGACCUAAUAAGUGGUUGUAGAGAAUUGAUGUGGUUCAAGAAUUUAUAAACCAGGACUGGUUUGGUGAUGAGCCUACUUAAGGAACAUUGGUUUUUUUGUUUUGUUUUUUUUUAAGUUUGUGUUACUAGACACACAUAUCUACAUCUAUUGAUAUAUGUAGACAAAUAUUCAUCUCUUCAAAGCAAGAAAACCACCUCCUUUUAAGUGACACCAAUGUACACUGCCAUCACAGAUUGUUUCUGCUAACUUUGAUGGCACAGAAACCAUUCUCUUCUGUAUACUUUGGUGACAUUAUAUGUGUACUACUAUAUAUUUUUUUAUUGUGUUGGUUUGUAAAUGUAGCAUUGUAUGUGUAUUGCUAUGUCAUUACCUUGUUUCUUCCCCUUUAGUCACUUAAAAUCUUUCUGAGAUCAUCUCUGAGGUUCUCUUUCUCUCUGAGACAAUCAUCUGAGAUUAUCCUCUAUAAAUGAGGAUUUAUCACCUGUUUUAUAUGUAAAAUGAUUAUAAAGGGCAUCCUGCUUUGAAAACCUUAGUGUCUCUUUUCAUGAUAUCACAAUUAGAUACUUUUUUCAUAAUUACUAACUUUAAAGUACCUCAUUGGGGUCGACUGAGGUAGGUUGGGGUUUACUUGCCCAGGGUCAUGUAGUUAGUAAAUGUUAAGUAUCUAAGCUCAGAUUUGCAUUUGGGUCCUCCUGGCUUCAGGGAAGGUGCCAUUUAACUGACCCUUAAGAAUAGUUUUUUGAAAUUUUGUUUCAGGCUCAGAAUUUUUAGAAUUGAUUGGU